AUGUCCAAAAUCCAACUUAAGCGCCUUGUUGCUUCUCUUUGCCGCAAGAACUCAAAUUCGAGUCCUGCUACAGGCGAUCAAGAAUCGAGAGAUGGAAAGAGCGCCAAAUACAGAAGCGCUACUUAUGAGACCUUCCUUGCCACCAAAGGCAGCUUUAUGGCUGAAUCUGAACUUGAAGUAACGGAAAGAAGCAAAGAGAUUUGCAAAAUGCUACUUGAUGAGAAACAAACGAUUCCCGAAGGCACGAUAUUUCAGAAUGACCGAUUCCGGAAGGCUUGCCAAAAGCUACAGAGUAAAAAUGAAUCAAGAGUUAUUCAAGAUAUAUCUCGGUUGAUUGUGCCUGCGGCGGAGACAUUAGCUACUUGUGGCGCUAAGAAUCUGGAGUGUUUGGUUGAAAGAUGUCUCGAAUACUGCUAGCUUUCUUGUGCUGGAAUAACUUAAUUUUUGUGUCCUAUCGUGAUGGUGACGACUGGGGAUACAUAUGGCCUACAAACAGCAAAUUAAAUCAGUAAGCCAUUAAAGCUGAAAGCGUCGAGAGAGCUCACAAUGAUAGUGGUUGAUUGUAUUCAAUCAUCAGACAUCGCUGGUCAGACAUCAGUUGUUUGGCCUGAUCAUCCAUUUUGCUGCGUUUAGAUUUAUUUAUUUUUGCCAUUGUCAAGACGCCUCUGGUUGUAAUGUUUGAUGUUGCAAAGUGAUUGUAGCUUCC